GCGCGCGGACCGCGAGCCAGCCAGCCACCGCCAUGGAGAACCUACACCACAGCCCGCUAUCCUCCGUCAUCGUCGCCAAUGUCGCCGCCAUCGCGCUGCAGACAGGACCGGCGUCAACCGCAAUGUCGACGUUACGUGCGUCGUCUGUAUCACCGCCCCUCUUCUUGGAAGAUUCGCAGACUUCGAGCGACACAGAGUGCAGUGCAGCAGGCAGUGGCUGCGUUGGCGACCCACCGGGCGAGCUGCACAGUCUGGCUGUGGGGCCAGCGGGAGCAGCAGUGUUCGGCAGUGGGGGCAGCAGCGCAGUGCCUGCUGUGGGCAAUGGCUCGGCGCUCGUGAGUAGCGGAGGUGGGUCGGGGUCGGCAGCGGCAGCGGUGGCAGCGGCCGCUGCUGCUCUGAGCCAGCAACACUGCGCCAUCUGUGGUGACCGCGCCACAGGCAAGCAUUAUGGCGCUGCGUCCUGCGACGGCUGCAAGGGCUUCUUUCGGCGCUCGGUGCGCAAGAACCACCUUUACACCUGCAGAUUCAGUCGCAGCUGUGUAGUUGACAAGGAUAAAAGAAACCAGUGUCGUUACUGCCGUCUACGCAAAUGUUUUAAAGCUGGAAUGAAGAAGGAAGCUGUCCAAAAUGAGCGUGACAGGAUAAGCUGCCGCCGAACAAGCCUUGAGGAGCAUACAACAGGAAAUGGGUUGUCACCAGCAUCACUCCUUAAUGCAGAACUGUUAUCACGCCAAGUAGGAGCUGCUCUGGAGCAAAUUAGCACCCCAGAUGCAAACUUCAAUCUUGCAAACAAGCAGCUUGCCAACAUCAAUGAUGUCUGUGACUCAAUGAAGCAGCAGCUAUUGGUGCUUGUAGAAUGGGCAAAGUACAUAAAUGCUUUCACAGAAUUGCCUUUGGAUGAUCAGGUGGCAUUACUAAGGGCACAUGCUGGUGAACAUCUCCUGCUUGGUCUUGCAAGACGGUCAAUGCAUCUGAAAGAUGUUCUCUUACUUGGAAACAAUUGUAUAAUUACUAGGCAUUGUCCAGGUCAUUUUAAAGAAGCGGGCGUAUCACCAGAUGUGGACAUCAGCCGUGUUGGAGACCGUGUCAUGGAUGAGCUUGUGAAACCCUUCAGCGAGGUCCAGAUUGAUGACACAGAAUUUGCGUGCCUCAAGGCGAUUGUCUUCUUUGAUCCAAAUGCCAGAGGACUCAGCGAUCCUGCACGCAUCAAAACUGUUCGUCAUCAGAUAUUAAUCAAUCUGGAGGACUACAUCAGUGACCGGCAGUAUGACUCUAGAGGUCGCUUUGGAGAGAUUCUGCUUACACUACCUGCUCUGCAGUCAAUUAACUGGCAGAUGAUUGAGCAAAUUCAGUUUGCCAAGUUGUUUGGGGUUGCUCGAAUUGACAGUUUACUUCAGGAAAUGCUGCUUGGAGGAGCAAAUGAUGCAACUCCAACACCUGCCCCACUUAGCCCUUCGGCAGCAACUGCAGCAGCAGGUGACUUUCCGCCGCAGUUACAAGAGCCGCAACCACAACAGCAGCAAGACCAAGCCAAUGGUGGCUCUCACUGUUCAGGAAGCCCCCUCUCUGCUGGCUUGAGUCCUCCUGAUCAACAGAUCCUCAGUCCACCUGUCAUCAUACAACACAUUGCUCCAGCAACACCAGAGCAGUACCACAUUGCUUUUAAGACCGAACCAGAUGCAGCAUUUUAGCACUGAAAUUUUCUGAAAAUACUAGACAUUCAUUGUAUGUGCUAUUUUAGGGCAUUUUUGUAUGUGUGGAGCGAUGAUGAACAGCGAAAUUGGCCUAGCCCUGUGUGUGACGCAUUUUUGAGCAAUGGAUGACUGAAACUUCAUUUCAAGUUGGUCCAAGGAAAGGGAACUUCAGGAAUCAGAUAUAACACGAGAGGGUUUGCAUAUCUAAUGCAUCUUACAUUGUUGUACUCUCUCUUUUGUUGCAGGCGCCUUUCCUUGGGAUACACUGUGCAAGGAACAUGCAGUUACAUUUCCAGGGCUGGGAAGGGAUUUAGGGUGGCAGGGGGGAGAAAAGAAACCCAAGUCUGAUAACCACAUGUAGUACUGUGUACUAUUCAGUAAACUGAAAUUAUCAUUAUUUACAUGGUGCUAAAGAAUGAUAAAGGCAGUACAGUUUUGAGCUCUUUUCUUGAGUAUGUAGACUGUACCUAAGGAAAGUGUUAUGCUGUUAAAGUUUGACAGAAAUAUAUUGUAAUUAAGAAAUAAUACAAAAAAGGACCAUUAUCAGUGUCUUAAUUAAUGGUUGGCUGAAAGUUACAUUACCUAUCAUGUUGAUACUAUGAUUUUCUACCAUGAAAAUAUUCUUUAAAGUAAAUGUCGCAUAAAAUACCUGUGGAGGAUAGGUUUAUAAUACUGUCGGAGCAUACAUUCCUAAACCAAAUGGAAUUUGAUUCAGCAUAUAAAAUUGUGUUAAACUAUUUAUUCCAUAAAUUUUACUGUUGGAGCAAUACACCAAAUGUUAAUGACAUUUUGUAGUAAUUCAUUUGUGAUGAAAAUGAUGCUGUGAGUCCUGAUGUCUGAUCCUUGGAGAGUGAGAGACAUAACUUUUCCUUUGAAAUUUUAUAAUACUCUCAGGAAGAGAUGGGCUUCCUAUUUUAUAAAAAGGACAAGUGCACUGAAUCUUGUUACUUAUUAAAUCAUUAUGCUCUGGUGGUAGUAAAUACCAUUUUAAUGUUGAUUAUCAUGAAAGUUUUAACUCCAUAUACAUUCUUAGAUAAGCCAACAACAUUUUAUCACAAAUGCUUUUAUUACAGUGCCUGAUGAAGAUUCUUGCCAAAUGUGCUCAUAUGUCUAUUAGAAUGAGACAUCUAUAGUGUUAGGGACAUUUCCUAUAUUAGGAGAAUAAAAAUAAAUUUGGCUGUGACUGCUUUUACUGUUGAUCAACAUAUUACAGAUUCUGUGUAUUGUAAAUGGGUUGUGAAAUUAUGCUCAAAUAUGAAAUAAUUUGUCCAUACUUUCAAAUGUUUAUGUGGACUGUUAAUUCAGACAGUGGCAGUCUAAUGAUAAUGCAAUGUAUUGUGACGUACUGUCUUGUGUAAAUAUUAUGUAUUAUAUCACUAUUUGUACAUAGUGGAGAAAUUAUAGUAAUAUGUGAACUGUUGGUUAAAUGGCUGACCUGUUUGUAAAUUUUUCCAUAUGUAGUAACUGUAAAACAGUAAUCAUUAAGGUGCCAAACACAGGUGGUCGUGGAAGUUUCAAAAGUUUACCAUAUUUCAAGACAAAUUUUAAGUGAAGUCAAUCAGAGUGAACAAUCAGGUAAAUGAUGGUUACUUUGGUAGAAUGCCUACCAGUACUGAGGGUAAAACAAUGCACUGUUAAAUUAGUUUACUAUGUUUUGUAUAUAUUUACAUAAAAUUAUGUGAAUUGUUGAGUAUGGACUAAACUGUCCUAUAUUUUAUUGUUAUUGUUUAUGUAGUAAAUAAAAGGUGAUUAUUUUAUGGUAAAA